GGCUCGGCUGGCCGGGCGAGAAGGGGGCAGCGCCGCGGCGGCGGCCGAUGGGCUCUGACUGGGGGCGGCGGCGUGAGGCGUCUCUGACUUUGUUACGCAGCCCGAAGCGGAGCCGCCUUUGGGCCUCCUCCAAGAAGAGCUGGCCCGUGCUGGGAGCUCGGGCUGGCUGGAGCUGCUAGAGCUCCUGGGGGUGGGGCGGUCCCUCCUUCCCCUUGAUACUCUAGAACCCAAGGGCGGCUGUUCUGGGGGUUUUAGGUUGACGCUGUCCCUAUAAGGAAAAUUGGGUUCAUGUAAUCCAGUGCAGCGUGAUUGAGAGAGACUGGACUGGGUUUGUGCCUUAAACAAAAUCUGUAUACUUGACACAAGACCAGCAAGAUGGGAAAUAGUGCCUUAAAAGCUCACUUGGAGACAGCCCAGAAAACAGGCGUGUUCCAGCUAACUGGAAAGGGUCUGUCUGAGUUUCCUGAAGACCUGCAGAAGCUAGCUAACAACUUAAGAACAAUAGAUUUGUCAAACAACAAAAUUGAGAUCCUGCCACCACUGAUGGGAAAGUUUUCUGUUCUUAAGAGUCUUGCUUUAAAUAACAACAAACUGACUGCUCUACCUGAGGAGCUGUGUAAGCUGAAAAAACUCGAGACCUUGCAUGUGAAUGGCAACCAUCUGUCGCAGCUGCCUGCCACCUUUGGACAACUCUUGGCUCUCAAGACCCUGAGCCUUUCUGGAAACAAGCUUCGAACUGUGCCCACCCAACUCUGCAGUCUUCAUCACCUAGAUGUGGUGGAUCUCUCAAGAAACCAGAUCCAGAGCGUGCCAGACACAGUGGGGGACCUGCAGGCCAUUGAACUCAAUUUGAAUCAGAACCAGAUUUCCCAGAUCUCAGUGCAGAUCUCUCAUUGUCCACGCCUCAAAGUCCUGCGUUUGGAAGAGAACUGUCUAGACCUCAGCAUGCUUCCUCAGAGCAUACUCAGUGAUUCCCAGAUCUCAUUGCUUGCAGUGGAGGGUAAUCUCUUUGAAAUCAAGAAACUCAGAGAACUGGAGGGCUAUGACAAGUACAUGGAGCGGUUUACAGCCACCAAGAAGAAGUUUACAUGAUGGACUGCUGUUCUGAGUCUGGACAUCUUCAUUGGACAUAAAAGAUGGUGACCAAAGCAGCAUAAUCAGCAGCACAGUCUGCUUGGAACGACAACUUAAACCAAGAUUGAAAGUUUUGGGCUUGAUGAUGGCAAUGAGGAAACUGACAAUAUUCAUUUCAUAAGUCUGCUAUGUUGCUGCCACUCCCACUUCAAAUAAAAAUAUGAUAUUGGGGAAACUGCAACCUAGGCAUUGAACUGUUAAAUUUAGCUAGAAGCUGGUUAUACUUAAUUUCUCUCUUUGAAGGAUGACUUGUGUAGAGAAAGGAGUAUAUAAUCCCUCCCUAGUUGAUAAGCUUUUUUCACAACAGUUGCUACUGCAUCCUUAUAAAGGGGAGUUAGCUAUUGUUUAAAGUUGGAUACUUGCAUCUGAUGUGUUUGCCUGGUAGUGUACUGCAGUUCUGCUACCCCAAUAAUUCCAAAAUAUUAAAUUAUAUUACAAUACUUGCUGUAAAUGUCCUCUAACCUGGAGGUUAACUUUCACAGCUCUGUUGUAAUAGUAAAAGUUGUGUACACUUCAUGAAGCACAAAUGGUUAAAUGAGCUCACAUGGUUAAUUUAUCUUGUCUAUUUUAGAUUAACUGCUUUAGUAAUCAAAUCUUGUUUCUAUCUUUUCUCUUACCAGUUAUAUCAAUUCACAGUACAAUUUACGGGAUGUCUAACUUAUGGAGAAACACUAUUCCGUUCUGCUUGAACAUACUGCUAUUGAAUGGACUAGACAGGUUUUCUCUGUCUUCAGUAAAAUGUAGUUUUCUGGAAAAACUUAUCUUUGCACUGAUGAGCCCUCACAUCUGCAGAGCCAUGUCUAAAACUUUUUCACCUUAUUACAGCUGCCUUACUACCAAAAGCACCCAGCAAGAGCUAAAAAUGUAUGCAAUUACAUAACAGGUACUAAAAUAAAUUUAACUUGUGUAUUUAUUUUACUAAAACACUUAAAGUGUAGUUUAAAUAUCUCAAUUCUAACCAUAUUUCUGCCACUUCAAUGUGAUUAUAUUACUAAGCUUACCUAAAGGGUUUAUUUUACCAAUCUUAGAUUUUUUUUGAAUAAAACUACUUGUGACAAUCUAAAAAUAAAGACACUCCUUUUGCAAAGAGAAAAUGGCUGAUAGACAAGAAGCCUUUGAGUGACAAGUUAGUUAAAUACUAUUACCUGUUCAAAAAUAAUUAUGUAGAAAUUCUACUAGAAAAACUUGCACAGUAGAAGACCAGUCCUCAGGGAUUUCUAAGAGCAGUUCCUAAGGCAUCAUUUGUAAACCGCUCAAAUGCUUAGUCAGUUCCAUAGAUGAAUGUACACAAGAUGUAAAUAUGGAGUAAGAUGUAAAACCUUUCAAAGCUGUUGGGAAAGGUAGAGCAUGAAGAAGUGGUUAUACAGAAGGUUCAAUAAGAGUCAGAUAUAACAGCUGAAGUUGCAGAGUAAACAAAUGUUGAGCAGACUGGCAUUUAACUUUCUCCACAAGGAUGGUAGAGUAGUGUAUAUACAAUAUGUGCCUAAAGCAAUGGCAGACAUAGCAAAGAACUAACUGGCUGAACUCAACACCACCCAUAGCUUGAAAAGCUCUGCACAUACUCUACUUUGAGGAGUGUGGUGAAUUUUAAAUCCCAGCAGAUGCAAGCAGUUACUUUUUGAAGGACAAUUUCCUCCAUGUUGGACUUGAUUUGGUUUCUAAUCUUCUUCACUAAAAUUCACCAUCUCUGCGUAUGUGGUGGCUCUAGGGACAAAGCAAUACCAUCAUUAGCACAGGUAAAGUGCUAGUCAUCCUUAAGAGUGAGCUCACUUCAUUCAAGAAGUUUGAAAGUACAUAGGUAAUGUAUAAGUUUCCCAUCCUUCGAGUGAGUACUAAUUUUACCUAUAGCUCAAACUGCUAAACACUAAGUACAUAUACACUUACUGGGGAUUGAUACUGUGGCAAUUGAUCAACUGGGGUUGAGUUAGAGGGUCUAGUGAAGACCUGCUAAGUUGACUGCAGAUCACUCUCCCAUAGAUUCCAGUACUCUAUGGGAAUGAGAAGCAUAAGGUAAGUUGAUGGGAAGAGUUAAUGUAGCUGGAGUUACGUAACUUAGGUCAACUUAGCCCUGUAGCGUGUGUGAGCCACAAGCUAGGGGAGACUAGUCAUUCUGUGCCCCACACUGGAGCCCAGAGCAUACUCCCUUACCCCCCACAGCUUGUGCCUCUAGCCCCAGGGUGCCCCCUAGCCCUGGAGCAACAGGAGGGUGGGCAGCACAGCUGCAGCCUCCCCAGCACCAGGAGGGUGAGUGGCACAGCCCAAGCUGAGGCCAUCCACAGUGAGACUGGAGCGGGGCUGAGCAGGAAGGGGGGGGCCUGGGCCCAGAACAUGGGCAGGGCCACACUUGACUGUUUGGGGAGGCACAAUCUCUCCCAAUUGAUGAUACCUGCUGCCCAUACCCUGUAGUGUAGGCCAGACCUCACACCUACUUUCUGUAAAGCAUAAGUAGAUAAGGAAUAUUAUAUAAAUAAGUGAUUGUGUACCUUCCACCAGUAAUUUAUCUAGUUCUAAACUACUGCACUGUCUCGUAACUUUAAAAAGAGUCCACCUUCAUCAUGCUGCUUAAUGGGAGUAGAACAAACAUGUAAAUUCUCCCAUGUGGAAAGUAGGUGAGUACAGGAGUUCAGCAUUUGAAAGAGGAGGUAGUUUAAAUGUGCAUGUUGUUUGAGCCUUCUGUAUGUAGUACUAGGCUGAAGCUUGUCUAGAGGCAGCACCUUCUUUCAAACAAGAGCCUUGAAGGCAACACAGUUCCUACAAGAAUAUUUCAGAUUCUGGCAGCCAGAAGCUAGAAAUGUAAUGUGGCCAGUGAACCAAGUACUACCUUUUGAAACCUGGCUUAGAGGAGCAAAACAUGCUCUUGCCCUCUCUAACCUGAAAAAAAUUGAUAGGUUGUUUAAGUAACAGUUGUGGAACAGCAGAAGCACCAAUGAAUGGUUUAUGCUACGUUAUACUUCAGGCAGUGCAGACCACCAAUCCUAUGUAGCCGUUCACAAGCUCUUGAUGUACUCAACACAGACACACCAUCUCCCACUUUCUCCCACACAAGUAGUCCAUAUUAAAGCAGUAACAUUCCUUGCUUGUUUAUGGAUUGUACAUGGGCAAGCUUCUUCCAUUCCUGGUAGUGUACUUAUCACUAAGUUGUGGGUGGCCUUACUAGAUGAGCAGGGGAAAAAAAGGGGUAGGUUCCUUCCUUCUUUUUCCCUCAGCUACAGCAAAGUCCACAAGCUACUCCCACUUCUAUUUGUUUGUGACAUUCUUUUCUGAAUAGUGCUUUUCUCUGGCAUACAUGGCAGGAAAGUGUUUUGUUUAUCUUAGACAUGUGGCCUGCUAUGUCUUGUAGAAAGUAGGAUCUCCUUCAAUAGAUGAAUGGCAACUGAUUCCCCAAAAACACUUUCUGGCUAUCUUUUUCAAAAAUUAGAAAAACCUCAGCCUUUACAGUGGACUAUUUGACUCUUGUCUUCCAGCCUGAAUGAGCACUUCUGCUGUAACUUUCCCUUUGCAAUGAGUCACUGUCACAUACCAGCUAGACAGAAUAACAUCAGCUUUACAAAGCAGAUUAAUGGAAAAUAGCAUGCAAGGGAUCAUCAGGCAAAUAAAACAGUGAAAAGGUCUUAACAGAUCCCACAUCCUCAGGGUCACCAUUAAUUCUGAUCAAGAUGGGAGUAGCUCCAUUAGAUGACACUGAUAGAGCCUUCUUUUACCUCCUGCAGGACAACCAACCACUUGUCAGACCAAAAGCGAAAUGGGGGAAAGGCAUAUAAGUCAGAGAGGAGCCAUUUCACCUGUCACUUAGAACUGGUCAGCAGGCUCUAGCCUUUUAGAUGGCUAGGUAACUUUUCAAACAAUAGCUAAAUAAACCUAGCAGUGUUCUAUAAUGUAUAUCCUUGUAUUAAUGUACAUUGCUUCUACUAACACUAAGAUUUCUGAGGUACAGGAUAGAUAGAUUUGACUAUACUAACUAAAAUGUAAUCUGUAUAUGCCUCAGAAGGCACCUUAUGUUUUCCUUAUACACUCCUCCCACUCACCCCUUUCAGCCACAGUUCAUUUGUCCUUUUCUCUGUAUUCCUGUCUGUAUGAUGCCUCACAGUCCCUUCCAAUUCUUGUGCACCUGUUUCCCCCUCAGCUGUACCCACAUACUCAACAUUUAACCACGAGGCUGCUUCUUCAAAUUCAGCUUAAGUUAGUAUUGAAUGCAACUAACUGCAUACGUAAAAUGAGGUGGCAGCUUCAAAGUAUAGUACUUAGUGGCUGCAUGUACAUAGCACAAGCCACAACUGGCAUUUACUGGUAAUGUCAGAAGACAAAAGAUGGAAUGAUGAAACAACUGCACCGUCAUUUUAUGGACAAGUAGGGAGACUACAUUAGGAUAGUGUAUUACUCUUCUAUAAGAGUAAUUUACACACUUCAAAAUUUUUAUCCACCCUUGCUGUCUUCCUCCCAUCUCAAUGCUGUUGCAAUCUUAUCCACAAUUAUCCACCACUUUUAUUCCUUUAUCUAGCCUUUUAAUUUCUCCCCCCAGCUGUAUUUGCAUAGUGUUUUAGAAUACUAUUUACAAAAAAGGCACUUAAAGUAGAAUUUUGUUGUAGCAGAUCAGUAACAAAAACUGGAGUACUUUUGACAGCACGACAAGUCAGGCUAUGCAGACAGACAGCUCAUGGGUCAGGCUUUGUAUAAUAUAGUGGUGUUUAAAGGUGGUGCAGUAUAGGAAAAAGGGAAAAUCCCUAGAGUUCACUUAGACUGGAUUGAGGAGGAAUUGGUGCACAUUUUUCAUCACCAGAACUUUCAUUUGGCAAAAAUUUUCGAAACAAAACAAAAAAAAAAAAACAUGCAGCGCUGCUGCUUCUGCUUUGUCAUCCUAUGACAGGGAAAUCUGGAUCUUUCAAAAUCAGCUUUGAGAGGAUGAAAAGAAAGAUGGAGACACUUCACAUAAGCAACUGCUUGCUAGUAAUUACAACUUUAUACAAACACUUUAGGUAAGGAGUAUGCCAGGGUACGAAGGGAGAAUUAAUUUAAAAAAGGAACAGUUUCUGAACGUGCUCCUACCACUUGAGUUUUCCACUUUUCAGUACCGGGACCUCCAAGUAAAGAUGAAAGGUUAAGAUUGCAGGAAGUGAAAACUUAGUGGUAACUACUUAGUUCUCUCAAAUUGUCCAAAGGCAGGAGAUUGGGCUGUUUAUAGAUUAAAACAAUAUUAAUUAAUGGCAAAUACUUAAUAGUAAACAAAACUACAUUGAGUUAUAGAGUUCUAUAUUUUUUCAUACACAAUAUACAACAGUUUAACAAUGACUAAAAGCAGCAAUUCAAAUCAUCAUUUUUAAUGCCAUUAAGAAUCAGAUUUGCUUUGAGAAAAAAUGAUGCAUAUAAAUUGUUUGUUCUGUCCAGCAAGUAUGAUGAACAAGAAAUUAUGAUGUGUAAUAAGAUAAAUGCUUCUAACAGGCAACGCCAAAAGAUAGUAUUGCUGUGCAGUUUGCUCUGGAACAUUAAGGCACCGACUCCCUCAAGGACCCAUAUCUGUGUCCGUUACAAAACAUGUUAAUAUUCAGCUAAAAACCAAGCUAUAUCCCAGUGCUAUAUUACAUUGGCACACAAGAGUCGUAAGUGAAUCCCAAAUAAGCUACAUAAACAUGAAUAGUGUCAUUCAGGGCAUAAUUUUAAGCUGUGAUAUUAAUCUUCCAUGUACCCCCGACACAACAUUCUCUUAGCCAAUGUACCUAGUAUCUGUUGUAAUAGCUUGGGGAAUGAGACACGAGGUAAGAUGUUGCAAUAAUGAAAGGGAGGGGGGAAAAAAGUGUUCCAAAGAAUUACAGCAGAGGAGUUCUACAAUGUUAUACGUAGAACAACAAGAAAACAGUUUAAGUCUUCCAUUCCCAGCAGUACAUUUGCUUCUUAUUUAACUUAAAAGUAGCAAAGGCAUGCUCUGUACAAAGGUUCUUUCAAGUAAGCCUCUUAAAGUUGGUAUAAGGAAGUGUUAUCGGGUACUGGAAUCCUUUAAGCUUCACAUGCUGGGGGUUUUAGUGUACCAGUAGGUAAUGGCACCACAAAUGGUUCUUUGCUACUCAUGUUUUGUGUAUAUAUAUCCUUAGCUACUACUAGGAUUAAUGUACAGUUAAUUUUUUAUUAAAAAUCCAUUUUCCUUCCAGCUGUUUUGGAAGCCACAGAGGACAACAUGCAACCCCAGAGAAAUUUCUAUCACCCACAAAAGGUUGCUUCUCUUAAGCCUUAUUCUAACUAGAUUUUCCAUAAAAUUUGACCUGGCUUUCUGCUUAUUUUAUAUAGCAGUCCUCCCUUUUCUUUGUCAUAGUCAGAAUUCAUUUCUAGUAGCCCCUGCUGUGAACUGAUAACUGGGAUGCAUAGUUGUGUUGCACUCCCAUCACUUAAAGAGUUACCAAAUUACUCAUCUAAAUCUUUCAGGUUAAAGUCCCCUCCCUCUGCCCUUGGAUUUUCUACCAAAAAAAGUUUGACAACUACUCUGCAAAGAAUAAAUAAUCUUGAAUGUGAUUAAUUUGGUCAUUUAACUAGAUCACUAGAGGGGGGGAAAAAAUUCCAAAC